AUCAUGCAAGAGCGCCGCCGAAGACUUCGGGCAUAUCGGAAGUCACGCAGAAAAUUCUCCUGCACUGUUUACGGCAUCACCUUGGCCUGGCUGGUGCUGGCCCUAACUCAGUGGUUGGCUGUCUGCUUGCUGUAAGUUUAGUUGAGACUUGGUGCAGUGGUGCCGUUGAAUCUUUGCAUUCUAAUCUUUAGAAAGGACUUCCGAGAUAACGUCAACAAGUAUUAUUGGAUAAGUUUGAUAUUCUUUAUUUCUGCUAUGCUUUUGUUCUCAAUGUUUAUAUUCAUCAAGAGUCUGCGAUUCGUGCUCUGCCUAAACUGGCUGCUCAGCUUACUCAUUGUGAGUAGUUGUGAUUCGAUAUGGUAAGACAGCCGGUUGAGUUUUCUCAUGUUUAUAUCCGUUUAGGUGGAGUUUCUGAUCAUCGGACUAUUCGCGCUGUCGGCGCAAACUGAUUGGAAAAACUUGAUCGCAUGGUUCCUCAUCUGUGCGCUCUUGACAUAUCUUUUCAUAUUAAUCGGAUCCAUUUUACCGACCUUACUCUGAAUGUAGUCAUUCUGUUUGUGGUAGCUUUCCUCAUCCUUUCUAUCACCGUCUUCAUGAGUAUGAUGCAUAAAAUUAUGAAUAUGUCGUAUUCUUUCUACGCUUAUAUGGUUUGUAUUGGGCUCAUUGUGCUGAUGUUCGUGAUGUACCAUGCCCAGACAAUCAAUGGCGGACGCUUUGCUGAGAUGCGUCUCCGAGACUACCUGCUGGCAUCUCUCAUCCUCUUCAACGACUUCAUCAUCAUUUACAUGUUAACCAUCUACCCACAGGUCAUCAACAGCAAAAAGUCAACGCCGUCCAACACUACAGUUUCAUAUCAUUCCAAAGACAGCAGUUAUGAAGACAGCACGACCACAACUGAGUUAGUUGUAAAUUGGGGUUGAGUUGACCAAAUAGAAGGAUGGAAGGCACGCAUUGCCAACAAUUUUGUUCCUGGGUUUAACUUCACAAACUAAAAAUCGAAUGUCUUGGAUUUAAAUUUUAACGUUUUAUUGAGGUGUGAUCCGUGGUGAGUUUCGUAAUAAACUAAAUAAUAACAAACGCGACGAACAGUGUUGGAAAGCAAACGAAAAUAAAUUGCGCCAAAAAGAAGCAACGCAAAGAAGAGAUUGUGGAACAGAAAACUCAACCUAUUUAAAAUAGCUGACGAAUCAGAAUUUCGGCACUAAAACAGCUCGAC